UGAUAUUGAUACGAUUUUAAACAGUGAGUUUGAAGGUCUAAGUAUCUCAUCCAAAUUGCACACAAAAAGAUUAUCUUCCAAGUCUUUCUCUUUCUUAAGGGCUCUGAACUUUUCCCUUGAGAAGGUAGGCAGCUCUGGAAUGCCUGGGGAAGAAACAGCCUACAAAAGCCUCUGAGCCGGGAACUACUGCUUCUGUUUCCAGAGGGAGCACCAAGGUGGAAAGCUGAAAGAUGGUGCUAGAUCUCUUGAAAUGCUUUCCUCCCCUCCUAUUGCUGCUGGGACUAUGGGGACCAGUAUAUCCACUUUAUGCUUUGCCUAAGAAUCUCACCAAGGCUCAGUGGUUUGAAAUUCAGCAUAUACAACCAAGCCCUCUCCAAUGCAACAAGGCAAUGCAUGGUGUCAAUAAUUAUACUCGGCACUGUAAGCGUCAAAACACCUUUCUGCAUGACUCCUUCCAGAAUGUGGCUGCUGCCUGUGAGUUGCCCAAGAUUGUCUGCAAGAAUGGCCGGAACAAUUGCCACCAGAGUUCAAAGCCUGUUAACCUUACUAACUGCAAUCUCACUGCAGGGAAGUAUCCUAACUGCAGCUACAAAGAUUCUGCCCAGUACAAGUUCUUCAUUAUUGCCUGUGACCCCCCUCAGAAGAGAGACCCUCCCUAUCAUUUGAUUCCUGUACACUUAGAUAAGCUUGUUUAAAGUUCUUAUCAUUUUGCCUCUCACUUGGUUCCAGAUUCCCUUCUGCCUUUCCUUAUGUUGAUUCCCUGGUUCCCAUAGAAGAAAAAAGGAAGAUAUUGGAAGAAUUAAAGUGUCAAGGACACCAGACCAGAGUUGGGACAUAAAGAAAUUAGGAUUCUUUCCUGCUUUUCUGUCUGUUUCAAAGAAAGGCAAUAAGGAAGAGGGCAAAGAAGUGUCCAGACUUCCAUUUUUUUAACCUGGGAACUUCUGCCAAGCUUUGUUAUACUGUAUUAACAGCAAUAAAACCACUUUCUGCUGCAUUCCAA